AUGUUUUAUGCAAAUGAUGGACCUCUCCCACUGCUGUACAGAAGUAAACCAGGUGAAUGGAAAUGUCCUUCUCUGAGCAGCAAUUGUGAUAUCCGAACUGAUUGCCUGCUGUACAGGAUAUAUGAGUAUGGAGCUUGUACUGGCACUUUGACAAGUCUGAAGGAUUAUUUUGAUCAGCUUAAAGACAUGGUGACUUUUUAUUUAGGCUGCAGCUUCUCAUUUGAAAAGGCAGUCCACAAGGUUGGUGUUCCUCUAAGGAACUUUGAGCAGAAAUGCAACAUAAGCAUGUACAAGACAGAUAUCCCUUGCUGCAGAGUUGCUAGUUUUUGCUGCAAUUUAGUGGUCACAAUGAGACCGAUUCCUGAAGACAAGUUAGAAGCAGUUGUGGGAGCUACUUAUCCAUUGAAAGACUCACAUGGAGCACCAAUUCACAUUGGUAACCCUGGCCUGUUAGGAAUCCAAAACCUUUCCAGCCCAGACUAUGGAGAUCCAGUUCAGCCUCACCCUGGGGAUGUUCCAGUGUUUUGGGCCUGUGGAGUAACAGGGGUGGAAGCAGUCAGCAACUGCAAGUCUCCACUGGCUUUUACACAUUCUCCUGGCUGCAUGUUUGUUACUGACCUGAAGAAUGAGGAUGCUGCAGUUCAUAACUCUAAAGAAAUCCCGAAGGUCCACUGCAUUUCUCAAAAUCCUUUGCAUUAUAGCAUUGUAUCAGAAACAGCUGUACAAAAGAUAAGAGAACUAGAAAGCCUAAUUGGAGUAGAUCCAGGAGACCGGGGAGUGAAACAUUUGUGCUGCCAGGAUGAGCUGCUAAAGACUUGCCUCUCCCUUUCACAUGCCCGAUCAGUGCUGAUAACUACUGGAUUUCCUACUCACUUCAACCAUGAGCCACCUGAAGAGAAUGAUGGACCUCCAGGAGCCAUUGCUAUGGCAGCCAUGUUGCAGAGCUUGGAGAAACAUGUUGUUAUAGUAACAGACCAGAGAGCCAUGAGUUUGAAUAAAAAGAUUAUUGAAGAUGCUGUUCAGCAAGGGGUACUGAAGACACCAGUGCCUCUAUUGAGUUAUCAGGGAGAUGCUGCAGAGUCCGCUUUGAUGUUUUUGUGUGAGAAUGGGAAUCUUGAAAGACCCAGAUUUGAUCAUCUGAUAGCAAUAGAACGUGCAGGGAUGGCUGCUGAUGGCAAUUAUUACAAUGCAAGGAAAGUCAAUAUUAAGCAUCUAGUGGAUCCCAUAGAUGAACUGUUUCUAGCUGCACAUACCAUCCCUGGAGUCACAACAACAGGCAUUGGGGAUGGAGGAAAUGAACUGGGAAUGGGAAAAGUAAAAGAAGCUGUAAGGAAGCACAUAAAAAAUGGAGAUGUUAUAGCUUGUGAUGUUGAAGCUGAUUUCGCUGUUGUAGCCGGAAUCUCUAACUGGGGAGGCUAUGCUGUUGCUUGUGCUCUGUAUAUCCUCAACACCUGUGAAAUACACGAUCGCUAUUUGAGGAAAGCUAUUGGGUUCCCCAGAUUGUCCAAGAAGGCAAACUGGGCAUCAGCACUUCCAUCCGUUACUAAGGAAGAAAAGUUGCUGAAAACACUUAUAAAACAUGGAGUCCGUAGUGGAAUAACUGCUAGUCUCGAAAUGGAAGGACUGCCCUUCUACAACAUACACUCACUUAUGAUUGAAAAACUGCUGGAGCAGAUACUGUAAUGACUUUUCCCUAACCAUUUCUAAACUCUAAAGUUUCUAUUAGAUUAUCUCUCCACCCGCAAUCUAACAACAAGGUAUGGAAGACCAGAAAAGGCUUGUUCUAUAUAUGUAGGUACUUAUGUGGCCUCCAUCACUAGUAUCUGAGCAUCUUACAAUCAUUAAUGAUUAUCCUUCUAACAUUGCUGUGAAAUAGGAAAGUUUCAUUAGCCCUGUUUGGCAGAUGAAGACAUGAGAGAGGGAGAGAUUAAAUGAUUUCAUCAAGAUCACAGAAGAGGUAUGACACAGGCCUGAAUCCAGCUCUCAAGAGUCCCAGGCUCGUGCCUUCACCACAAGCCCAUCUUUCCUGUUUGAUAAGUAUAAAACUCUGAGUUAUGACGACUCACUCAUACAAUCUAUGGCCUUAUAUAGUAAAAGAUGACCAUGUUUCAUGAAAAAAAUCAAAAGUCUCUUGCCAUUAAAUGCAGAAGUGUUAUCACCCUUGCCUUUUCCUCUGUUACUAAUUCACACAGCUGCAACAGGAAGUAGUGCUUGUAGCAACUUGGUUUUUAAAAGAUAGUAUGGAAAGCAGCUCCAAUAAAGAUGCAGGUUAAAAAAAAA